CUCAAACCCUAGCGCAGAGGUGGGGAGAUGGCUCAAGGGCAGACAAAGCAGCGCAAGGGCGACAAGGCCUCCUCAUCCAAACGGAAGAACGCGCCCAUAAAGAGCAUCGGCAAGAAAGCCACGCCAAAGCCGUCCGGCAAGCUCAGAAAGGUAAGUGCGGACGAGCAGGAUGGCAGGCACCAACACCCAUCCACUGCUGUCAUGUGUGUGGGUCAUGUGUGCGACUGUCUGCAGGGCAAGAAGGUGGUCGGGACAAAACAGAUCGAGAGCAAGAUUGCUGGUCUUGCUGGCACGGCACACGACGCCCUCAAGUUUGUGAAGACGGGCACGCCACAGAAGCAGAAGCAGAAGAAGGCCAAGGGGAAGAAGUAGAGAGUUGUGAGGAGAUGUUUGAGUCUUUCUGUCUAGCGGUCUGUCUGUCUGUCUGAGUGGUACUUGUACAGCUGAUGACUUGCGCGUCUGACUGUUCGCUCAGUCGUCUCUGAGAGCUGUAGUGUACAGUCCCACACAACACGAUUGCAAUCGCAUAAUGGGGGUUCCAUCCA